AUGGCAUCGGCUACUCUCAAGAUUGUCUUCCACGAGGGGCCAGACAAGGACGGACAGGGUGCUGGCUUGAGUGCCAAAGAACGACGCGCACAUGCUGCUCGAAUUGGGCACCUUAAGUCGGCGCAGGGAGCCAGCAAGACAGUACACAAGAAACAGCCUCCAAAAUACGCUCCCCAGUAUUCACCCCCAAAGACACAAGCUCUUUACAGACUGAACGUCCCAAAGCCAGACCGUGCAAGUAGUUCGAGCGUGAGCUCCAAAUCAUCCAGCUCUGAGAGUUCUCGUUCAUCCGACGAAGAAGAACCAUUGACGCCCCCUUCGCCGCUGGUCCUCAAUGGCAACUCCGAUCCCUUUACCAUGCUACCGAUCGUCAUCACGCCACUUGUGAACCAAUGUUUGACUUUCAUGCGAGAGGCGCUAUACCCAAGCAUAUACUACAGUACCUUCUUCCGUCGCCUCUAUGGCACUUCGCAUGGCCCGAUCAACGUGCUCCAAGAUAGCACCUGGCUACCCGCUCAGACUGCACAACAAGACUGGGGGACCGCAGCAAGCAGCUUGCAUUCUGAAGGGCAUGCGAUGGCCUGUAUUGCGAGCUUCCUCAGCAACAUGGCCCCUCUGAUGCCUGAGUCAAACCGACUCAAAAUCAGCCGCGAAGCUCUAAUCUAUACCACUAAGAGCUCGCACUUACUGCGACAAUCUUUAGACAAGUUACCCAGUACCGACAGCAAAAAUGCCCUGCUCCGAGACCCAAGCCUCAUUUACCACGUCUUCUGGCUGUUCCGCGCUGCCGUCUUCUCCGAGAACAGAAAUUCGGUGGCAGUGCACGGCAAGGUCCUGGCUCAAAGCAUUAUGCAAGGUUUUAAUGAUGGUGUCGUUGACCACUUGACCAUCAUACAAGCUAUCAAUGCUGACUGUGAUGAUGCUACAAAGUUCAUGCGUCGUACCCAUUUCGAUCCAGACUGGUAUCGGACGAUUGUUCAGCCUAUAUGGACCAUGGCCGAAUAUAUACUGCCUCCUGUUCCCGAGGCCCUCUACGUCAAUAUCAACCCUACAAUCGAAUUACCUGAACUACGAGAGAUAUUCAUCAACUCGCUCCACCAGGCCGCGUACUGUGAGGACGGAUCGCAAGUGCCCGACGCAGCAUGGGGUCCACACGAGCAGAGACAGCUUGCAUUCGCUUGGUUCGCCACUCAGAGCGAGUACACCAUGUCGAAACUUCUCAAAAUCUAUUUUGAUCUUCGAGGUGGUAGACAUUCAUCGCAACAUCAUACAGAAGCGCAGCAAGUUCUUGCACCUGGUCAGCGUCUGACACAGAUUGGACUGGCCUUGGGGUUACUAUUCUAUCAUCGCGUCCUGGGCCACGAGACCAAAAUCAAUGGCCAAGACAUUCGAGACUCGUCACCGGAGAUCAUACGGCAUCUGAGAGCGGUAAUGCAGCAGAUCUCAAUUGUUGCCACCGAAGAAGAACAGCAGAAGUACAGCGAGGCGCACGCGUGGCUUUACUUCUUAGGCGCAUUUGAAGAAGAACGGAAGGGCACGUCGCCAAAAGACACUUGGUUUCGGCGCCGCCUCGCCGAACAUGUCAAUCUCUCCAAGGAGAAAGGCUGGAACACGUCAUCCAGCUGGAAGGAUUACCGACGCAUUUUCCAUUCGUUCCUCUAUUCCAACUGGGCCUACCCGAGCGGGUCUACGUGGUUCGAGCGAGUCGUCUCCAUGUAUAAAAGCCCAGAAACUUGA